AAUAGUCAGGGUAAGAACACUAGUCAGCCUGGGAGGAAGAGGAGCAAAUCUAGGAAGAGAGUGUGUUACAAUUGUGGUAACACUGGCCAUUUCAUUAAGGAUUGCCCCCACCCUAAGAAGACCGAGCAUGCUAGUGUAGCUGUUGAUAAAUGUGACCUUGGUGAUAUCUUGAUGGUUUGUGACCAUGUUAAUUCUGUGAGAAAUUCCCUGUCUGAGCAUGAAUGGUUGAUUGACUCUGGUUGUACCUAUCACAUGUCCCCCUUUAGAGAUUUGUUUUCUACUUAUGAAUUAUGUGAUAGUGGCUACGUUUCCUUAGUUGAUAAUAAGAGAUGCAAUGUGCUUGGUGUUGGUGAUAUAUGUCUGAAAUUUUCUUGUGGCUCUGUGUUUACCAUUAAGAAUGUGAGGCAUGUCCCUGAUUUGUGUCAUAACUUGUUAUCUGUUGCUGCGUUGGAGAGUAGUGGGUUACAGGGAAAAUGGGGGAAUGGUUGUAUGAAAAUCCUGAAAAACUCGCUUGUUUUGUUUAAAGCUGAGAAGGUGAAUAACCUUUAUGUGUGUCAUGCUAAACCUUUUGCCGAAUCUGUGAAUGUUGUAUGUUCUGAUAAGACCUCUUUGUGGCAUAAUAUGUGACACCGCACCCGAAUGUCCUUGGAAAUUUGAUUUGAAUAUUCAUAGCUUAUGUAUUGGAUUUCCGAUUCCCAAACAUUUUGUAAAACGAUCAAUGUUCUACGUAGUGCAUGGUUGAAUAUCGUAUUGUUCAAACUCGUACAUUAGUGUCGGGUUUCGCAAAUACUUACUCGGGACUUAUUAAUAAAUAAGAAAGCCGAACAUUACCUAAAUAGUGAAAGAAUGAUUAAAGGAGAAUACAAAUGUCUAUAACCCCAUCUUUGGCAUUAUUGAGCUAAAUAAUGGGAGUAGGAUUUUCCUUCUAAAAUAUCCAUCAAGUAAAUUAUUGGGAUGAGCCUACACAUAUUGGAGAUCAAUAAUGUGAUUUAGGAAGUUGACUUGUUCUAAAUAAAUUAGGAUGAGUACAAAAAGACAUCUUUGACAAAGAUAAAACAAUAGGACCCAUCUUCCCAUUUUUGGAAGUAUUGGUAGAUAUUUUGGACCCCAAAUUUAAUGGGAUCAAUUGGGAACCACUCCACAUGAUAUUAGUACCUGCAAAACAAAUAAAAAUGGGUUAGAAGACCUACCUUGGCCGGCCAUAAUGGAGGGGAGCUGCACAUGACUUGAUAGGAAUCAAAGCUUGGGCCACCAUCCUUAUUUUUGCACAAAUUGGUGUGCUGUUUGUCUCCUCUCAUUAUAGAAGCUAUACUCGACCAAACAACGUGAAUAAUAUGUCCUUGGAUAGACUUUGAAGUCUAUUAUCUCAAUUGAGUGGUCUUUGUUCGAGGAGAGAAGGCUUAUCUUACAAAAAUCGAGCUGGAACGAGCAGAGGUCUGUGAACUCGAGCUGUGAGAGUGCUGAGACUGUUUGGUCGAUAUCUCGAGUUUUACAAAUCCAAUUAAGGCGUGUGAGAUACCCACAGAAAGCUCUCAAGACGAGGAAUCCGUGAAGGUCUGGUUUGCAGGAAUCGGAGUUGUGGAAGGCUUCCAAAUCGUCCGAGCAAAACACAACCUCGCAGGAGAGGAUUUAAUCUUCUAAAAGAAACGAGUUGACCGGGAAACACCCGUUCUAGGGGCUGUUUUCGUAUCAACGAUUAAGGGUUGAACUAGCACUUUGAGGAGGCUGUUUAACACUCAUAUUUGAGCAAGGAAUCAGUUCCAAAUCCACCUUGACCAAAGCUUUGACCAUUGGACCAAGAAGGGAAAGUUUAAAGCUCAAUUGAGGUUGAGGCUAGAGCUUGCUUCCUGUGCUCGUUGAUCGAGUGAUUCCUUGGAGAGAAGACUUGAAAUGGACCGUGGUGGCAGGAUUACUAGGAGAAACCCGACGGGCCGUGUACCAGUGGAGACUGGACAGGGCAGUCGAAGGACCUCUAGGGCAUCUAGAGGAGCUGGUCGUGGAGGCCGAUCACAGACCGUGAGUGACGGUCAUGUUGACACAGAAAGUGAAACCUACUGGUCCUAUGAGGACUCGACUUACCAACCGGAGACCGAGCCGGUUGAGACCCCUUACGAAGGGGAUGACGAUGAUAUAAGUGAUGAAGAAGGGGAGAAUGACUCCCUAGUCAGAAUUGAGGCGCUGCUCCAGCAAUACCAGCGGGAGCGCGAGGAAAGGAGGGAACGCCGAAGGCGCCGAGGAGGGCGAACUUCGGGUGGGGCUUCAAGAGGAAGAAGCCAUGGCGACUCUAGGGCCCACAUUGAACCACAUGGGGGCCGGGGUGAUGGGGGUCCGAUCAUAAGGAUCUCCAAAUACCUCAAGGAGGCACGAGACUUGGGGUGCAAACCCUUCAAUGGAGCGGGUGACAUCUCGAUCGCCGCGGAAUGGAUCAAGAGGUUGAACGAAGCAGCCCUUGAUAUGCAACUCACCCCCGAGUUUAAGCUAAGGGUGGCGGUGAGGUUGCUUGAAGGGAUGGCAUCCACAUGGUGGGACGGAGCCAAGGGAAAGUAUGGCAAUACCGUGACUUGGGAGGAUUUCCGACAGGAGUUCUUUGCCCAAUACUAUUCAGACUUUGAGGUGAACAAUAAGAGGAGAGAGUAUACCCUCCUAACCCAAGGUGGCACGAUGACGGUGAGGCAACUUGAACACAAAUUCAGGGAACUCGCGGAAUUCAUACCGGAGUACAUAUGUGAUGAAAACCGUAUGGUGAAUCAUUUCUGGGAUGCCUUGGACCUUGACAUACGCGAGAGGGCAACACAAUUGCCUAAUAUGACGUUUAGUCAAGUGGUCGAACAAGGCCUGAAGGGGGAGAAGGAGUGGGAGGAAAGAAAACGAAGGAACGCCGAGGAGGCGAAAAAGAGAAAGUGGGAGAGUCAUGGCUCCCAAGGUUCCAACAAGAAGGGGAACCAUGGAGGAGGAUCCUUCCGGGCACCGCCGCCACCGUCUAGGGGGAACCAAGGCCCGAGUGGGCAAGGCUCGAGGUCACAAACCUCGGUGAUAACUCGUUGCAACAAUUGCAAGAAGAAUCACUCCGGUAAGUGUCGCGACCCCCCUAGAUGUUUCCAAUGUGGGGAUGCCGGACACUUGAAGGCGCAUUGCCCCCAGUUGGGUGGGGCAAGGACAUCGGGACCAAGUAGCGGGGCUGCGGGAAGUAGAAACCAAGCCGGGGGUUCCCAAGUAACCAGGGGGCAAGGGGGAGCAAGCGCGAGUAACGCGCCGUCCGUGAAUCAAGGAAGGACGCAAGCUAGAGUCUACGCAAUGACCGAGGCUGAUGCUCGGGCUAAUCCCGACUCCGUCGCAGGUAAUACACUUAUUCGGGUCAUUUCUAGGCUUAUUUUGAUCAUAUACGUCGUUGGGAUUGAGUACGGGCCACCCCGGGGUCAAACUGGGUGAGUUAGGCCGAAUCGGGCUGGAAACAGCCACUGCUGGCCAGGCACGCCCGCAGGCACGCCGUGCCUGGCAUCGUGCCUGGAAGGCAGUGGCACCCGAAGGAAAGAAAAAAAAAAAUUUUUUUGGGCCAGGCACGGCCGCAGGCACGCCGUGCCUGGCGUCGUGCCUGGAAGGCAGUGGCGUGCGAAGUAUUUUUUGGCCAGGCACGGCCGUAGGCACGCCGUGCCUGGCAUCGUGCCUGGCCGGCAGUGGCACGCAGGGUAAGUUCGUUGCACGCACGGUCGUGCGUGCCACCCAGGCACGCCGUGCGUGGGCCCCAGAACCCGAAAAUCGAAUUUUUUCGCUCCGUUCUUUUACGUUUGGACCCCCGAUUGAUUCCAAACCUUAGUAUUUACUUAAUAACCUCCUAAGGUGUGCAAAAACAUUAGAAAAUGUAUCUCACAUGGUGUAUAAAUGUAGGAACAUUAAAGAUUAAUGGGAGAUGUGCGAGAAUCCUCAUCGAUACUGGGGCGCAACGAUCAUUUGUGAGUGAGGCAUUCGCCGGGGGGUUCAACGUACCCCUGAUACCGAUGGCUCAAGCCCUAUUGGUAUCCACACCCCUAGGGGAAGACAUCGAGAGAGACAGCCACUAUCCAUCGUGUGAGGUGGAAGUGGAGGGCCAAAACUUGUCGUGUGAUUUCGUGCCGCUGAGUAUGAUUGAGUUCGAUGCAAUCCUGGGUAUGGAUUGGCUUGAGAAGCAUCAUGCUAGGGUCGAUUGUUACACGAAAGUACUUGAACUCGAAGGCAAUGAAGGGGUAACCUUACGCUUCAAGGGGGAUAGGGCAAAAUCCAAUAGUUGCAUCAUAUCCGCUGUGAGGGCUAAGAAUAUGAUGAGGAAGGGGUGUCAUGCAUAUCUAGCAUAUGUAGUGGACAAAACCAAAGAAGAGACGAGUAUUGAUGAUGUUAGGGUAGUAUGCAAGUAUCCGGACGUCUUUCCAAAAGACUUACCGGGACUUCCACCCGAUAGGGAGAUUGAGUUCGUGAUCGAGGUCGAGCCCGGCACCAAACCAAUCUCCAUACCGCCAUACCGUAUGGCACCCGCUGAACUUAACGAGUUAAAAACCCAAUUGCAAGAGCUUUUGGAUAACGGUUUCAUCAGACCAAGCCACUCCCCAUGGGGAGCACCGGUCCUUUUUGUGAAAAAGAAGGAUGGAACACUUCGAAUGUGCAUUGACUAUCGUCAACUGAACAAGGUCACAAUCAAGAAUAGGUAUCCCUUGCCUAGGAUUGAUGACUUGUUUGAUCAACUACGAGGAGCAACCGUGUUUUCAAAGAUUGACUUGAGGUCGGGGUACCAUCAAUUGAAGAUUAAGGAGGAUGACAUACCGAAGAGUGCUUUCCGCACGAGAUAUGGGCAUUUUGAGUUCCUUGUUAUGUCGUUUGGGUUAACAAACGCCCCGGCGGCAUUCAUGGACUUAAUGAACCGAGUAUUUCACAAAUACUUGGACCGAUUCGUGAUUGUGUUCAUUGAUGACAUCUUGAUCUACUCAAAGAGUGAGGAAGAGCAUGAGGAGCACUUGAUACUUGUUCUUGAGACACUACGGGAGAAGCAACUCUAUGCCAAAUUUUCUAAAUGUGAAUUUUGGCUUAAGGAGAUUGGCUUUCUCGGGCACGUGGUUUCUGGAUCGGGAAUUGCUGUUGAUAACAAGAAGAUAGAAGCCAUUACCGAAUGGGAGAGGCCAAAGAACGUUAAGGAAAUUCGUAGUUUCCUUGGAUUGGCAGGCUACUACAGGAAGUUCGUGGAGAAGUUCUCUGUUUUGGCAUCACCAUUGACGAAGCUCACUCGUAAAGGAGCUAAGUUUGUAUGGGAUGACAAAUGUGAGAGGGGGUUCAUGGAGCUAAAGAAACGGUUGACCGAGGCACCGGUACUUGCAUUUACCAAACAGGGUGUGGGGUACGAUGUCUAUAGUGACGCGAGCAUCCAAGGGUUUGGGUGUGUGCUGAUGCAGGAAGGGAGGGUAAUUGCCUAUGCUUCACGACAGUUGAAGAAGCAUGAGGUAAAUUAUCCUACCCAUGAUUUGGAGCUGGGAGCGGUGGUGUUUGCACUGAAGAUUUGGAGACAUUAUCUCUACGGAGAGACAUGUCACAUAUAUACCGAUCAUAAGAGCUUGAAAUACGUGUUUACUCAGAAAGAGCUAAACAUGAGACAGAGACGGUGGAUGGAGUUGAUAAAAGACUACCAUCUGGUGAUAGAGUAUCACCCAGGCAAGGCUAACGUGGUGGCAGAUGCUUUGAGCCGGAAAAGCUCGUCUGGGCCAUUGCUAGCUAAUUUGAGGGCAUUAAGAGCCCAACUGGAGGUAUCCAGCGAUGGUGCCUUAUUGGCACGAUUUGAGGUGAGACCUACUUUACUUGAUGAGAUCAAGAAGGGUCAGGAAACCGACGAAGAAAUUAUGAAGAUCCGGGAACGCAUGCAAGCGGGACCGGUGGAGGACUUCCGAGAAAGAGAUGACGGUCUCUUAUUAUUUCGUGACCGAGUGUGUGUACCGGCAGAUGACGAGCUCCGAAAGUCCAUCUUAGAGGAAGCUCAUUCAUCGGCUUAUGCCAUGUACCCGGGGGGCACGAAGAUGUACCGUGACCUGAAGGAGAGUUACUGGUGGUCAGGUAUGAAGAGAGAAAUAGCCGAAUAUAUCAGUCGAUGCCUUACUUGUCAACAAGUUAAGGCAGAGCAUCAGCAUCCAGCGGGCUUAUUGCAACCACUUUCCAUUCCUGAAUGGAAGUGGGAACACGUGACUAUGGAUUUUGUGGUAGGGUUGCCACGGACGAUCAGAAACUAUGAUGCAGUUUGGGUUGUUGUAGAUAGGCUCACAAAGAGUGCACACUUCUUACCUAUCAACACUACUUACCCACUCGAGAGGUUAGCCAAAUUGUACACGGAUGAGAUCGUGAGGCUACAUGGGGUUCCAGUGACCAUUGUAUCCGAUAGAGACCCACGAUUCACAUCACGUUUUUGGCCGAAAUUUCAGGAGUCUAUGGGAACGAGGUUGAAGUUCAGUACUGCUUUCCACCCACAGACGGACGGGCAGUCUGAAAGAGUCAUACAGAUCUUAGAAGACAUGCUGAGGGCUUGUGCAUUAGAGUUCCAAGGAAGUUGGGACAACCACUUAGCACUUGUGGAGUUUGCCUAUAACAACAGUUAUCAGGCAAGCAUCGGCAUGCCUCCAUACGAGGCAUUGUAUGGGAGGAGAUGCCGUACACCGUUAUGCUGGGAUGAGGUUGGCAUGGCCAAACUCGAGGGUACUGAGUUGGUUGAGGUCACCAAGUCAAAGGUGAAGUUGAUUCGAGAGAGACUCAAGGCGGCUCAGGACAGGCAAAAGAGUUAUGCGGAUAAGCGUCGAAGGACCUUAGAGUUUAAGGUUGACGACGAGGUAUUCUUGAAAGUUUCUCCUUGGAAAGGAAUCAUUCGAUUUCAAACCCGAGGGAAGCUUAACCCACGGUACAUAGGUCCAUUCAGAAUUAUAGAGAGGAUUGGGGCCGUUGCAUAUCGUCUACAGUUGACUCCUGAGUUAGAGAAGAUACAUAAUGUGUUUCACGUAUCCAUGCUUAAGAAGUAUGUGCAUGAUCCCUCUCACGUAUUGGAGAAGCCACCUGUAGAGGUACGUGAGGAUUUGAGCUACUCUGUUCAACCUAUCAAGGUCACCGAUAGAAAGGUGAAGAAACUGAGGAGCAAGGAAGUCCCAAUGGUUAAAGUCCUGUGGAAGAGCGAUCGGGUCGAAGAAGAGACAUGGGAAACAGAGGCUUUGAUGAGGAAGCAGUAUGCUUUCCUAUUCGAGUAGAGCUGUGAAUUUCGGGGACGAAAUUCCUGUUAAGGGGGGGGGUGAACUUGUGACACCGCACCCGAAUGUCCUUGGAAAUUUGAUUUGAAUAUUCAUAGCUUAUGUAUUGGAUUUCCGAUUCCCAAACAUUUUGUAAAACGAUCAAUGUUCUACGUAGUGCAUGGUUGAAUAUCGUAUUGUUCAAACUCGUACAUUAGUGUCGGGUUUCGCAAAUACUUACUCGGGACUUAUUAAUAAAUAAGAAAGCCGAACAUUACCUAAAUAGUGAAAGAAUGAUUAAAGGAGAAUACAAAUGUCUAUAACCCCAUCUUUGGCAUUAUUGAGCUAAAUAAUGGGAGUAGGAUUUUCCUUCUAAAAUAUCCAUCAAGUAAAUUAUUGGGAUGAGCCUACACAUAUUGGAGAUCAAUAAUGUGAUUUAGGAAGUUGACUUGUUCUAAAUAAAUUAGGAUGAGUACAAAAAGACAUCUUUGACAAAGAUAAAACAAUAGGACCCAUCUUCCCAUUUUUGGAAGUAUUGGUAGAUAUUUUGGACCCCAAAUUUAAUGGGAUCAAUUGGGAACCACUCCACAUGAUAUUAGUACCUGCAAAACAAAUAAAAAUGGGUUAGAAGACCUACCUUGGCCGGCCAUAAUGGAGGGGAGCUGCACAUGACUUGAUAGGAAUCAAAGCUUGGGCCACCAUCCUUAUUUUUGCACAAAUUGGUGUGCUGUUUGUCUCCUCUCAUUAUAGAAGCUAUACUCGACCAAACAACGUGAAUAAUAUGUCCUUGGAUAGCCUUUGAAGUCUAUUAUCUCAAUUGAGUGGUCUUUGUUCGAGGAGAGAAGGCUUAUCUUACAAAAAUCGAGCUGGAACGAGCAGAGGUCUGUGAACUCGAGCUGUGAGAGUGCUGAGACUGUUUGGUCGAUAUCUCGAGUUUUACAAAUCCAAUUAAGGCGUGUGAGAUACCCACAGAAAGCUCUCAAGACGAGGAAUCCGUGAAGGUCUGGUUUGCAGGAAUCGGAGUUGUGGAAGGCUUCCAAAUCGUCCGAGCAAAACACAACCUCGCAGGAGAGGAUUUAAUCUUCUAAAAGAAACGAGUUGACCGGGAAACACCCGUUCUAGGGGCUGUUUUCGUAUCAACGAUUAAGGGUUGAAAUAGCACUUUGAGGAGGCUGUUUAACACUCAUAUUUGAGCAAGGAAUCAGUUCCAAAUCCACCUUGACCAAAGCUUUGACCAUUGGACCAAGAAGGGAAAGUUUAAAGCUCAAUUGAGGUUGAGGCUAGAGCUUGCUUCCUGUGCUCGUUGAUCGAGUGAUUCCUUGGAGAGAAGACUUGGUUCGUGCUUCCUCCAUUCUGUUUUUAAAUAAUAUUAAACUUGCUCAUGGAUAUUUUACUUUAGAGCCUGCGUGCUCAUGUUUGCCCUGUGUGGCCCUUUUGUUUUAAACAAUGUUUUCCGCUGCGU